AUGGGGCCGACUCUGACGGCUACGCAAAAGUCCGUCCUCGCCAUGUCCAAGUCGCAGUAUCUGUCCCUGAUCCAACCGACCCACCCGGCUGACAGCCUCCGCGUUGGGGCUGCCAUCUUCCGCAUGGACCUGCGCUCCAGCCGGCCUACUAUCUUGCUGCUUAAGUGGUCUGACCUGAUGGCCCUUGGCCCGGGCACGUUCGAGCCGCCGUCGGGGCGCGUCGACGACGGCGACUGGAGCAUCUCGGACGCCCUAGCGCGCGCGGUUCGCAAACAGACGGGGCUCAAAGUGUUUAGGGUGCUGGGCAUGCUGAGUGAGAUCCGCCAGACUACAGAGCAUGUGUGGCUUGGCCCGGACGGAACCGAGAGUUCUGUCACUCAUGAAACGGUGCAGUUAAACUGGACGGUAUUGGUGGAGAACAGCGACGAGAUAGUCGUGGAGUGCCAGGAGCAGGAUCAAGAAUCUGUGUGGGCUAGUUGGAAUAUGCUUGAGAUGUUGAGUUUGACGGCCGAGACGAGGGCUUUGGCCAAGGAGGCGUUGGAGUGGGCGGGAAGGUGUCUGUAUUGA